AUGCGACUUGAAAAUGCAGAAGGUGGAGCAACAACGAAAGGUGUCCACGGUGCGACUAUCCGAGGAUCGAGGCGUGCCAUAAUGGCGGAGGUGGCGACGAAGAAAUCGAUAAACGUCGUAAGUAACAAGAAGAACGAGGUUUGCGGUGUGCAGUCUAACAACGGUUUGCUAGAUUUGGAUAACCUAACCGCGAGUAACAAUCAAUUAAUAUCGUUGUGCGACACGAACGACGACGAGGAUGAUCUAAUCCUGACUAACAACACCCGUAACGAGUUGAACACAGACGACAAGAGCCUGCAGGAGCUGAUCGAGAGCGAGCUGGCGCUCAGGAUCAGCUCCAACAACGACCAGGAGACUGUCGUUGACGGGGAGGAGCCCGAGGAGACCUCGAAUCAACCGGAAACGGUGAAGAGGAUCGUGUUGGACAGACGACAGGACACGCUGGACGCGAACACCGAGUUCAUUCUCGCGGAGACCGAGCAUUGUUCGUUGAUCGAGGAGCCGUACAGUUAUCAGAACGGUCACGUGUCACCGGACACCAAGAUCUCCGGUUCCUCCUACGUGGAGACAGUGAAGCCUGACCCGAUCACUGUGGAUUUCCGGGACGAGAAGCAAGAUGUGGAGGAACGUGUAUUCGCCGAGCAACCGGAAGUUGGCGGCACGAUUGUCAUUCAGAAAACAACGACAGACGAGACCGAUCAGUCUGCACGUGACUCCGUGGACGAUGGCAGGUUAUGCCUGCAUAACCCGAACAACGAAGACUCGUGCCCGAUUUAUCCUGUCCCACGGGCAACGGAGGAGAGACCACCCCAAGAGCCGAACAUGACCGUCCAGUCCUUCGAAUCGGCCUACGAAACCGUCACCGAGCAAGUAACCACGACCCAUUCCACGUGUUUCGAUAAGCACGAGAAAGAGGAAGAGGAAGAGGUGGUAGAGAGUAAAGUUCUAGAGGAUUCAGUAACAGAAGUAGUGCAGAUGGACGCAAGGCCGCAAGAAGAGGACGAUCCACCAAGGAGGGACCUAUUGGACACCUGGACGGGACAGGUAACAUUUAUGGAAGGUCAGCAGGCUGGUCAGUUCUCCGAUAACUUCGACCAAACUCUGUGUCAACAGACUGUGGAGUCGUGCUCCGCGCAUGAACUCGCGAAAGAGUCUUCGUUGCUGGAAAACAAUAAAUUCAACCAGUGUUUGGACCCUGUUAUGGCUGAGUCGGGGAAGGAGCAAGACACGGGGGACAUGAAUCAGCUUCCUGUGGAGGAGUCCAAAGUAGUGUUAUUGGAUGAUAAAUCUUCCAGUUCAGUCGACGAGAAGAUCCCUGAAGAUCUGGAAGACUGUUCGGUUCCCGUGAAAUCUGUUGAUGACCCAGAACAGGAAGUUAAAGGAACGUCGACUGUGCAAUCUAGUAGCUUCGAUGAUGUCAUCUUGAUCCCAUCGGAGGCGUUGACAGAUGCAGCGAGUACCCAAGAGUUCAUAGACAUUGAACGUCGCGUUUUAAAAGAGGAACUGGACAUUGAACGUCUUCUGGACGAAGCCCAGAAUUGUGAAAGUCCAGAGAAGAUUGAUCCCCAGACAGUUAGUUUGCUGGACCUGGAUGAGGAAGUACCAGCCAAGGAGGAUGAAGUGAAAGAGGAGGGGAAUGAUAUCGCUGACGAGCAGAACGCGAUAGCGGAAUCGUCCAGUGAACUGUCAGUGUCCGAGUCCACGUUCAUCGAGAAAACCGAUGUGGUCGCGUCCGACAGUAACGCGACGAUUUUCUCGGAAACGAAGUGCCUCGAGUCCGGAAAUGACUCGGAACUGAUCGACGAGACAACGGAGAACCAGAACCUUGAUGGGACCACUCGUGCACCCCUUGCCACCCCGGAUGACGAGACCAGCGACGUUUCUAACGCGUGUGACAGCGAAAGCCGCGAGGAGACAAUAACAACGACUUCGUCCGUGGUCACCUCGUCUACGACGAAGAACGGUACCAAGACGAAGAAGAAGAAGAUCGAGGGCGUCGCUGGAAACGAUGCCUCGCCGAACCUCACUCCCCGUACAAAGAAGACCAAGAAGAGCAAGAAAAGCGAGCUCGAGAAGGAAAACAUCUCCGUGAACUCUAACUUGCGAGAGCCGAGCAUGCACACCGGUUCCCGGCGCACGCAUCCGGAUUCCCUCGAUUUCUCGGACGAGGACGAUCUGUCGAACGUGAACGUCAAGUCGCUGACACAGACAUAUGUAUCGGGGGCUACUCGCUACGAGCAGGAUCGAUCGAUCAAGGAAAAGAUCGCCACCGGCGUGUCGAUCAAGCAGCUGUGUCGUAGCUUUGGCGACAUCUCGAGCAUGAGCGACGGCGAUCAGACGGCGUACGGGAAAGCGAAUCACGUGAUGGAGACCGAGGAGAAGUCGAGCUUCAAUAAAUUCGACGCUCUCAGUAAGAAGACGGUGCUGCAUGUGCGUUCGAUCGACGCGGGCAAAGUGCAACAACAGCUGAACGCCGUGGGUCAAAAUGGCGAGACGAAUCCGAACUGUCGCAGCUGCGGCAAGGUCGUCUUCCAAAUGGAACAGACAAAGGCCGAGGGCCUGGUUUGGCACAAGAAUUGCUUCCGGUGUGUCCAGUGUAGCAAGCAGCUCAACGUGGACAAUUACGAGAGCCACGAGAGCACGCUUUACUGUAAGGCACACUUCAAGGAGCUCUUCCAACCGAAACCGGUUGAGGAGUCCGAGCAGCCUGUGCGACCUCGAAAGCCGGAGAUGAUCAUUAGAGAGAACGAGCCGAAAGAGCUGCCGCCCGAUGUGGUCAGAGCCUCUGACAAACCGGACCUGGGUCUCGAGGAGCUGUCGAGCCUGAACGUGAAGUCCCGGUUCCAAGUGUUCGAAAAGACCGGCACCGAGACGAACGAGAUCGAGAGGUCACCGUCGCAGAUAGCGGUGAAGAGGUCGCCCAGCAUCCUCAGUAAACUAGCCAAAUUCCAGGCGAAAGGGAUGGAUAUCGGUGUGGCGGACGAGUCCCUGAAUGGAAUCCCUUACGAAGAGUCGAGCGAGAGCGAGGAAGAGGAGGAGACGGAGGAGACGGAGGAGACGGACACCGAAAUUGUGAAGGCGAAACGCGCGACCCGCGAGCGACCGAUCAGUUUCACGAAAAUGGACGACAUAAAGAAUCGCUGGGAGACGACCAGCCAGCAAGGGAGACGCAAGGUCCAACGGGAGGCAAGAAAGGAGGAGAUCGCCGGGAUACGUUCGCGACUCUUCAUGGGCAAACAGGGUAAAAUGAAGGAGAUGUAUCAGCAAGCGGUGGCUGGUAGCGAUCGUGUGACGAAGAUCAAUCCUGCAGAGGAGCUUCAGAACUCCUCCACCCACGCGCGUUCCAUCAAAGAACGAUUCGAAAGGGGUGAACCGAUCGCCGCCUCCGACGACGAGACGGACAACAAACCGAAACCGGAGAAGGCCGACGAGGAAGUGAUCGCAGCAGGUGCGUCUCGGAAAUCCAGAUCGCUGUUCCUGGAACUGGACGCCACGGCGGCGAAGACUGGACGACCUGUGACCCCAGUGAACCCGAAGACACCUGCAGAGGGACCUCGACGUGCACGAGACGCAUUCAUGGGACGGCAAGUAUCGGACGACGUGGUGCGCAGCUCGGACACCGCCGAGGAGGUUCAGGUCGAGACCUCGGACAUAUCGAACAAAUUCAAAUUUUUCGAGACUUACAAGGAACCGGAGAAACAACGGAAGCAGUUCCGUAUUACCCCUCCGCGAGACGGUCAAGUCAAGAUGGACUCCCCCGAGCGUGAAAUCUACCGUGACCCAGACGUGGUCAGAGCCGAGGAUAGGGUGGACGAAGUGGUGCGCACGGACACCGCCAGAAAAAUGUUGUCGAUCUUCAGGCAAAUGGAAGAGAACGCAACCAAAAAGGAGGUCCCGAAUGGUCCUAAGCCGUUGAAACGAUUCACACCUCCUCCCGAAGAUAAAUACGCGAAACCGACCGCCUCGGAUUCCGAGGAGGUCGAGGAGGAAGAGGGCGAGGAGUCGGAAGGCGAGGACAGCGGGGAGGAAAGGGAUCCGAACUACGUGCGAGCUUCGGAUAAGGUGGAGGACGAGUUCCUGAAGCAAGCGCAGAACGCAGCGCGCGCGAAGACCCUGUGCGCGAAAUUCGAGCACUGGGAGGAGACGGACGGGAAGUCGGUAACGUCGAGCAACCAGCACAUCGCCGAAAUGGAAAUGGCUCAAGGCACUGGAGAACAAUCGAGCAUAGAGUCCGCAAGCAGUCUCAGGGCCCGUUUCGAGUCCCUCGGCUCGCAACAGACCGAAUCUCCGCGGACCCAAAAGGUCAAGGUCAAUCGAUUUGUGGAGAUUCAGGCGAGCUGCACGGACGUCUGCGAGAGCUGCGAAAAGAAAGUGUACCCCCUCGAGAAGGUGGAGACGAAUAACAAAAUCUUUCACAAACAGUGUUUCCGGUGUCUGCAGUGCAACUGCGUGUUGAGGAUGGACACGUUCACCUUAAACAACGGUAAACUGUACUGCAUCCCGCACUUCAAGCAACUGUUCAUCACACGGGGGAACUACGACGAGGGUUUCGGCGUGGAUCCGCACAAGAACAAAUGGUCGACAAAUGGGAACAACAACACCACCGGGCCAUCGCCAAUCGCGGUCUCGAACGGCGAUCUCUGAUCCGUCGAUUAGUGCCCGCCGUCCACGCGAUUAGAGAAAGAGACACACACACAUACACACGCCGAUCACACGCGGCCAUGUAAAUUCCACGACGAAGCGAAUGGUACUGCUCGGGGCCAAAACCCAUGGAAAAUCCCAUUUCUAGUUCUCCAAAGACCGCCCCGAGCACACCCCCGUCUCCUCCCAUCCCCCGUUCCGAAUUGAUCGUUCGACUAAAUUCGAGAAUCGUUUAAGUAAAAUCGGCCCGAUUUGAAAGAACCGCGUCGAUCAGCAUGCGACGAGAUAAAAAGUCUCGCGACUGAAAGGACACAGUCCCCCCUCCACUCGUCCUGGCUCCUUGCUCUCCUGUCAUUUUAAGUAUUUUUAUUUUUUACCUCUAGACCCUAUUUGCCAAUGCCCUAUUAAAAAAUUCGCUUAAAUAUUUGUUAUAAUUAUUUUAUUAUUAUUACUAUUAUUAUUAUUUUUACUUGUAUAACUCUUGGUAUUAUUUUAUCACACGUGUUGUAUAAUACAGAAUUUCAUUGCGCUUUAUAAA